AUGACUUCAAAGAAUGGUGUUGGUGUGACAGAGAUUGGACAUGACAGUGAAUUAAAAACACAUGUAGACGGGUGUGAAGAUCCAGGUUGUUACAAGCGAACGAUCAAAUACACCAUUUCCAUGGAGCAGAUUGUUGCCAUUAUAAACCAGUCCGAGAAUUGUGAGCAGUUUAUAAAAUAUGAAUGUUUUAACAGUCCUUUUUCCUAUUCUGGUGUUAAAUAUGGUUGGUGGGUAUCACGUCAAGGUGCAAAGAUGAAUUACUGGGGUGGAGCGGCAAUCGACAGUGGAAAAUGUGCCUGUGGAAUGGCCAACAGCUGUGUAGGUGGAGGAAACUGUACUUGUGACGUGAAGGACAUGAGAUUGCGCGAAGACAGUGGAUACCUGACAGACAAAUACACGCUGCCUGUUGCUAAACUGAGAUUUGGUGCUCCGGAUGACUGGUUAGAGUAUGGUUUUCAUACCUUGGGGAAAUUGCGUUGCUGGGGUUCAAAGGCAGAAUCUGCAAAUCCAUUUCUGCGACGCUUCGGGACUGGUUACUUUUAA